CAUAUGGAAGAGGAGGGCCUGAAGUGUGGAGUUGGUGUGAAAGUGUUCGGCAAUGAGAUCAGUGUUUUUACCUGUGAUGAUCUCGUCACUCAUGUCAACCAAAUGUCGCUGAGCGCAGCAGGACUGGCUGUAAAACUGCUCAAGGUGUCUUGGCGAUGUACUUUCUCUUGAUUGUCAGCAUUUUUGUUUGAGUCAAGUCUUCACUUACUUCCUCUUACCAGGGUCAUGAGGUUCAGUUGAACCACAGAGCUGUGCUUUUGACUGAGGAGCUGGUGCUGCCAUCUUUGUCCGGUUUACCUGUCAAAGUAGGCGUCAACAUGACCUCCCUUCUUUCACUGCGGCUGAAGGGAAACGUAAACUACAGGGAAGUCUCUCACUUCUCCCUCGCCGGCUACAUUAAACCCAAUGCCUAUGUAGGCCUAUCAGCAAAGAUGGGCGUGGACGGCGCUCUGGGUCACGCUGCACUGGACUGGAUAACUGAGCUGUGGAGCAACACGAGCCUGGAUGGGAGUAUCCAGCUGCAGGAGGGGCAAGACCUCAGGGUCACACUUAACACUCCAGAGGAGGCCAUGUACAUCAUCUCUCUUAGCUCCCAAGUAUUUCAACUCAGCGGCGACCACAGAGAAGAGGUUAAAGGACCAAAGAGUCGCGUCCAGCAGACCACUUGCACACCAAAGACCUGGUCAAAGAUGGUUGGCUGGCAGCUAUGCUCCAAUGCUUCCUACCCCCUAACUACUGGGGGCAUCUCCCUACUCCCCUUUGGUCCCAACCACCUGUCCCUCAGGCUGCUGAAGCUGGACAGAGGUCUCCAUUACUACUUGCUUGAGGCCGCCUUCUCAAUGCUUCCAAUGACUCAGGAAGACACCUGGCUUCCCAGAGAGGCAUCCAUCCACCUACUCCUGGCUACCCCAAAGUCCUCUAUCCCUAGGGACAUGUCGCUUGAUCUUGCCUUUAAUCCUCGCAGAUUCCUAGUCAGAGUAUCUCAUCCACUGAAAAGUAUCCUCAUGCAAGGCCAAUUUGAACAAGAGAGGAGUUUAAAGACUGCAAAGCUCGAGCUGAUAAUUGAUGGCGUUCAUUAUUAUAUGAUGGGCUUGGUGGACAAACAGACUGUCAUGUCAGAACUGAGGACACGCUACCACUGUGAAGCCAAAAUGGCAGCCAAUGGAAAUCCCAUGAUCCUCUCUGCCAACGUUACCCAUGGACUGGGCAGGAAGAUGAGCCUUUCUGCCGCAGUGAGGAAUGUGUUCAAGGAACCUGCAUCACUCUCAGUGGUCUUGGAGCGCAGGAGGGACAUCCACAGCAAGCAGUACUCCGUGGAGGCGGAGCUUCUGCUACCUGGUGUGGUCGGCAGCAGGAUGCUCGGGCUAGUGGAGCACAAAGAAGCACGGUGGAGUUCUGCUUUUCGCCUCAAAUAUGGUCUGGGAGGUGAUUCCCGGCAUCUGCGUCAAGAGUGCCACACGUCUCAGAGUGUGAGGAGAGAGAGGAACACUAACCUCACCUACACAAUGCGAGCUGAUCAUGAGUUCUACUGUUCACACACGCCCCCUAUCAACCACAAAGUCCACCUCAGACACGAGGAAAGCCCCAUCCAUGUUAGAUCUUCUGUGGACAUGAGCUACGGCAAACAUUGGGACGAGAUGAACAACAAACGCACGCUCUUCCUAAGCCAGUUCUUCAAAAACCAGUCAACACACAAUCACACCAGCUACACACUGGAGUUCAAUCUCCAUGUUCCAGAGAACGAUUUAAACUAUCGCACCCAGCUGUUGCACUCUUACCUGGAACAGCUUGGGACUGAGAGCAGCACUCACAUAAAAAUCAAUUACAACAACCUAACGCCGCUGGUGGCUGGCAUACACUGGAGAAGCCCCCCAAUUGACACCCCACAGAAGAAAUGGGAAGGCACAUUCACUGUGGACACUCCUUGGCUCUACUUCUACACUUACCACAAGCUGAGUCAGCACCGGCGCCACACCCUGCAGCUCAUUUCUCAAGUGACAGCCAGCAAAUGGGUGACCAUCCGCAACCUCAUCCUGGAGGCGUCCUACAAGGACAGGGGCCGUGAAAAGGAGGCUGGUCUCAAGCUCCAUACUCCAGCUGUCACAUUGUUCCAAGCAGAAGGGUUAGGAACGGUUGGAAAGCGAAACAUGAAAGCCUUUUGCUCGCUCAGCUCUCUCUGGACCACUCCUCUAAGAGGAGACAUCUCCCUGGAGAGCUUGAAACCCAGCCUUACCCUGCAGAUGUCCUCCAGCUAUGGCAAAAACAACGUCAGCCUUGUCGCCGCCCUGAACACAGUUGACAAGAUUUUAAAGAAGAGACAAGUGAUUAUAAAGGUGACCUCGUGGGAGCCAAAGAGGGGCCCCAUGGAGUUUGAGUUGGAAGGAACAUUGGAGGAACUGAAGAAGGACAAGAAGAUGUACCAAAGAACAGCAUCGCUCCAUCUUAGACAGCCUUUCCAGACUUUUCCUCAAAGGCUUCUCCUGAUGGAGACCUUCACUGUGGAUCUGCUGAAAGGACUUUACAUGCUGGAAUCGAGAGCUGGUUUUCAUAGCAACAAAGAGCUCGUUCACACUCUCACCAUUGGAUAUAGACCACCAAACCCGUUCGUUUGCUCUGCACUGAUUCAUCCCUUCAACACAGAAACUUUCCCAUCAGACUCUGAGAUCUGUGUUGCCACCAUCAGCAAUCAAACAGAGAAAACCAUUUUUGGAAAGUUAAAGGUUGGCAGCAAAGAGAAGAUGAGUUUCUUUGGACAAGUUUUAUUAAAUACUUGGCAUACAAGUAAGCAAGUGAUCAAAGUUCGAGCCAACAUCACCAGCCAGCUCCAGCUGCCAUUCCCUUCAUUUGCUCUAGUGGAAGGUUACAUACAUUGGAUCCCACAAAACAACGCACACUUUGAUUAUCUCGCCCGAGGGAGAAUGAAAAUUGAACGACAAGAGUGUCUGAUUUCAAUGCGGUUCAACCGAACUUCAGACAGUAUUCUUCUCCAUUCGUCUCUCAAGCAUCCUUUCAAAUCGAAGAUUCCCAAAACUGUAGAGGCAAAAGCGACUGCUGAGAUGUCUACUGUCUCUGGCAGAGGAAGUAGCUCAGUUCGUGUUAAGGCUGAUGGGAAAGACAGGCUGAUGUUAUUUACCCAGAUGUCCCAUUCUUUCCUGCCGGGAGACAGAGCAGUUGCACUGACGCUAAACUUUUCUCAGAGUUUGCUGCAUAGGCUCAAUGACUUUAAUGUAAGAAUGUCUGCCAACAUGUCCUCAAACAGUGUGUCGCUACAUGGUUCCUAUACACAGGGACGCAAAGCUCUCUUGGCCCAACUAAUGGGCUCUCUUAAAAACACUAGUGGACUUCAGCUUGUUCUGUCAGGGGACCUGAGGCAUUCAAUCACCAACUUUGCUAUUCUGCCCUCCACUCUGGGAUUAGAUGGAGUAUUAGGAGUGUCUGACACUCUUACUGAAGGACAACUCAGAAUUAGAGUCAAGGAUAGUUUUUACAGCGUGGAUCUGAGGCAUCAAGAAGAUGCGGUGGGACCUACUGGCGUGUAUGUCACCCAAAGCUGGAUGUGUGUUCUGUCGGGGGUGGAGACUUUUUGUGUGAAUUUCAGUCGGCAGUUGGAGACUAGAGGGGCGGGGGAGGUCAACAUCCAGCUAUCUCAUUCCUCCCAACUACUCAAUGCCACAGGUCUGUCUACGAGUUGUGGUGCUCGAGUGAAUUGGGACCAGGAUGCACGUCGACUGUCAGCUAUCGCAGAACUGCAGGCUGGAUUUGAACGUUUAAAAGCUGAGUUUAAAGGCAGCAAGACAAACCAGCUCGUCCCACGUUGGGAGAUGAUCUCCACGCUGCAACACAAAGUCAAAACGCUGCACAAAAGAGGCAUAUCAAGCUACAUGCAAGCCAAAGCGCAUUAUGAGAGAGAUACCAUCAGGCUGAACACAGGCCUCGUCUUUUACGUGGAAGACAAGAAACGGAUUGACGCACUUUUAUCGGUUGGGGCAAACAAUAACACAGCUGCAUUCACAGCUUCUCUAUGGCAACAGAUAAAGUCUCUGCAGGGGAUCUUACCUUCCUCACUACGGAUGAACUGCACAGGGAGCACCGCUGCGCAGCGUCUCUCUGCACAGUGCUAUGGAGAUGUGGCGGGGCAGGAUGUGGAGAGCCUCCUACCUUCACAAACUUCAAUGAACAUCUCCAUCAACCAUUCUGGAUGUUGUACAGAUCUCAGUGCUUUUCUUCUAGCUGAUGAGGAACAGAAAGUCAGCAUUGCAUGGUCUCAUACCUGCCAACAGAGCCUUAGUGUGACCGCAUCGGUCAAUCACACUAUUGAGGCAAUAGAAGCCCUGGGACUUCCUUCCAAAGGAGUAUUGGCACUGAAUUUCUCAGCUGCACCCCUGCCCGUGGUAAUGGUUGCCCUGGAGAUCGGAAACUGUCAGUUCAGUGGUCAUCUGGACAAGGCACAAUCUUCGGAAGCAGAUGUGAAACAACUUUCUUACAACGUAAAAGUGACCAACUACUGUCCUUUCUUACAGGAAACAAUCCUUCCAGUGACUCUGGUUCUGAACGGGUCAUUUUUAGGGGUCCCGUGUGGACGUAUGAUCACCUCUUUUCUAAGGACCGACAACCAGGACUUCUCUUUGGAGCUUGGACAGUCUUGCACCUCUCCACAUCUGUCUGGAACCCUUACACACACUUUCUCCAGUCUUAGAAGCAAAGGAGUUCCUCAGACAAUAAUUGUAAAGGCAACUGCUCCUGGAGGCGCUGAACAGAAUGAAGUUCUGUUCAUAAAAGUAGGGACAUGUCUUCUUAGAUUUGUUGAAGACAAAGUCAGAGCAGGCCGGUUCUGGGCUCUGCAGUCUAAUUGCCCAUCAUUGCAGGGCAACUUCAAUGGAUCAGUGUGGCAGGAGAGUCGGAGUAAAUGGGCUGCCAUGUUGGAUGCAGGUCUGGAGGAUAGAAGGACUUUCCUUCGGCUAGAUGCUCAGGGCUGGCCGGAGUUAAGUUUAGAAGGUGAGCUCAGGCACAACCUCCCUGCUCUCAGACAUAUCCCUGAACACAGCAGGGUGAUUUUAACAAGCACAGUUGGUGAACAACAACAUGACACCGAGGCCCUCGUUUUACUGAAUGGGUGUGUUAUGAGAGCCAGAGGAACUGUGAUGUCACAUUCGGGCCUGCAGGGGGCACUGGAGUAUCACAACAACUGUAGCAUGGCACAGGAGUGGGGUAGUCCAGAUAGGAUGCAGGCCAAUGGCUCCAUAUUUGUCUCCUCAACUAUUGCUGAAUCUCAAGUCUCCAUGGCGAUCGACGAUGCAGAGUUGCAUUCAUUGGUUGCUCUGAAGAAAAAUAAGGAAGAAAAUGAAAUUUCUCUUCAUUUCAACCACACUGUGCCCCUGUUGAAGACGCUUGGUAUCACUGCAGAUGCUGGAAUUGCACUGAAUUUUGGGCAUCCUGGCAACCAAUCAUAUUAUUGCAGAAUGCAUGGCAGUGCCCAAAACCAAAAGUUAAGUCAAGAGGUGACAGUGGAGAGGACGAACCAGGCAGUUACCGUGGAGAGUACUUUCAGACAUUCAUUGAACUACCUGCAUACAAUGGGAGUCCCUGGAAACAACAGUAUCCAGGUCGAGCUUGUUUCCUCUGAAGGAAAAGCGCUGACCAUAAAAUCCCAAUUUGGACAUCAGCAAGCGGGACUGAGACUUGAGAUGAAAUCUUUUCCCAUGACUAAAGAGAUAAUGGGAAUCAUGUGGCACAGUUUCUCAUGGCUCCAGCAAAGAGGAGUGCCACGUAACAUAGAGGGUUUAUGUUCAACUCAAGGACUGGUGUCCCAGCUUCGGUCCAGGACCAAGCUCAGUGUAGAUGGGCACAAGAUUUUUGACUCUGGCAUGAAUGUGAGCACGGCUGAUGGACGCCUGGCUGUGCUUCUCUCCUACAUUCCACCACUUUCAAACGAAACAUGGGAAUAUUUCAGUUUCAACACUGCUGUGACGGCACAGUUUAAAGGUCUUUUAAGGAGCAUCUCAGUACAUGUACACAAUCAAGAUUGGACGACUCAUCUGGCUGCAGACGUUGCAGGAUGGGGGGCGCAGGAAGGGCCCAAGGAAGCCAGAGUUACUUUUAAACACACCGCAGAGGGAGACGCCAUCCCUGCGUUGCAAGUUGAAGCCUGGGGAAGACUCUCUAGCUCCCAGCUGAAGUGCUCCUUAGCGGUAAACCCAGAACUAACAUCCUCACUUGCUCUCAUCAUACAAGGGCAGCAUCUACCCAGCAGCAAGGACCUGAUAGUGAAGGUGGUCCAGAGUUUUCCCAAGAUGUUGAUCUACUUGCCCUCACAACUCAAUGUCCGCUCGCAGCUUAACCAAUCCCAGUCCAGUGUGGGAGGUUUGCUGGAGGUGUCGUCAGGCAAGAGGCGUCUUUGGACCAUUGGGGAGUUGGCGGUGAUCGACAGUGGUUACAGACAAUCUCUGGAGGUCAAACACUCAUACCCGCAGUUGAAACUACUGCCAAGGACGGUUGCAGUAAAAACGGUGUAUGAAGGCAGAAGUUGGAGUUAUCAAGUGCAGCACGCAGCCGUGUGGGGAAACCAGGAGUUCAGUUUGUCGGGUCUGUACUCGGCACCUCCAGCACUGGAAAGAGGGAAUGAAACUCUAAAGGUUCAAAUCAAGUGCGGUCCUCGUUUGACGAGUUUAGAAGUGACACUGGAGAAGUCUUUACUGGUUCGGACGGAUAGAGUUUUACUGGGCUGGAUGAGACACGGCCAAGUGGAGCAGGUCAAAGCUCUGAGUGUAUGGAGUCGAUCCCAGGAGGUGAAUGAGACCAAGUUGGAGCUGAGUCAAUCUUUCUCAUCAUCACUUAGUCAAAUGUGCCUUCACACGUACUCACACAGCUCAGAGAGAGAGCAGCGCAGUAUCCAGCAGGCACACCUGUCUUGGGUCAGUGGAAUGCCGGUCAACAUGUCCUUCAGCCUGAAUAAACAACGGCAGGUGAACUCCAGCAGAGGGCAGGCUUGUGCUUUGUUGGCCACCCAAAAGGCAGGAAGGCGACACAUGGUGCCAAACAAACGAAAGGGUCCAUCUUUAAUGAAAACCGAAUAUUUGUCGUGUUUGUGUGUGAGCAGAUGGUGGCGUCUCCUGUCAAAGGUUGUGUUUCAGUCAGCCAGGAGGGAAACUUAUACUCACAAAAUGCUGAGCUAAGAUGGGACAACAGGAGCGUCAAGCAGGGCAUGAAAUAUCAGAAAAGUGCACAAGGAAUGCACAGCCUCCAUGUGAAUAUCGGCCUUGAACAAGUGUCUCCUGCACCGUGUCCCUCACAUUCACUCUUGACUAAAAUCCAAACCAACCUCAGAGAUCGCUUUGACUACACAGUUUUGCUUGGC